AUGGCAGACGCCAUAUCUCCGGCGCAGCCCUCUGGAUGGCGAAUUCCCAAGGCGUGCCAAGAAUGCAGGAAGAGGAAGAUCAAGUGCAAUGGUGUCAAUCCCUGCAAAACCUGCCAGCUGCGUCAUACGCCGUGCAUCUAUCGCGAAGUCAUCCGGCAGCGUAAAAGGAAAAGUCAAUAUCCAGACACCGCAGUCAGUGAGGAGUUCCCCUCGAAUGGGGCCCCGCGGGACGACCCCGGCAUCCGGCAGCAGUCUCCGAGUUUGAUGCCGCCAGCCCGGCGGAGAAACCCGUCCGUCAGUCUCACUUUCAACAAUAGCGUCUCAGCUACCCAUAUGGCAUCGCCAUCUUGCAAGGUACAGCUGUACUAUGGCUCAACAUCUCACUUUGCGCUUAUGCACGAGAUAUAUAGGGGCCUGGUCUCUAAUCAAUCCGCGGAGGCGCAGGAGCCCCAGGGAGAGGUUGAAGAAGCCGGCGCGGGCUUGGAUAUGUUUAGCUUCCGUCGGAUCUUUUUCGGCACCCAGGCCGAGUCGCAUGAUACUAACAAGCUUGUCAACGGGCCUGAUGCACCGGUGCUGUUCCUGCCCUAUGAGUUGGCCAAUGACUUCCUCCGGCGCUUCUUGGCAACGCUGUACAACCUGGUGCCUUUUUGGCCCAAGGAUGCCUUCCAUCAACAGCUCGAUCACUUGUAUCGCCCCACUCCAGACUCUCGCUCAGACAAGUGGGUUCAAUCACUGUUACUGCUGGGGCUAGCGAUCGGUGCUCUAGGAACAGAACACCAUAGUUGGGGGGAUAUCUUAUACGAACGCGUGAAGGCUUCUACCUCAUCACUCGACGACGUGGUCAAUCUGCAGACACAAGGCAGGCCCAACUCGGCUUUUCUUCUUUUGGGCACAGCUGCUCGCAAGGCCAUCUCCGCUGGCCUGCAUAAAGAGGCCCCCGCUGAGGGUGAAGACGCCUCUGAUAGCGUUGAGGAACAGCGGAGCACGUUCUGGGCACUCUAUUUCUAUGAAGUCUGGACUUGUUUUCAUUUAGGACGACCGAGAUCGCUAUCAGCAAAAGACAUUGGAAUUGCAUUGCCAAAAGACCCCUUCUUGCAAGUCCUGGUUCAUUUAUCAAAGGUUUUCUCCCGCUCAGCCGAUGAGAUGUAUGGCCGGCGCCAUGAAUCGCUGCUGCAAAUGUGGAAGAUCGCUAGAUCAAUAGCUGAUGACAUUCGCUGUUAUGACUCGAUGAUGCAACAUGCAGUAGGGUUUGGACUUGAUAAACAGACCCAACCGGGGAGUCUGGGAGUACGGCAGAUCAUUCUAACCACUCUGUAUUAUCAUACGAUCCUCCUGACGUUUCGACCGUUUCUAAUAUUCCGGGCUCGGUGGCGGCACGAUAUGAAGAUGUCAUCACAACGUCCAGGAAGUAGCACAGCCAAACGGCCGACAGAAAUGCCCACCUGGUUGAACGAAGCCUGCAACCAGGCCCUUAGUGCGGCUUGCAGAACUAUCCAUCAUCUAUAUGAAGCCUCCAUAUAUAAUGAACUUGUUCGGGAACUCCGCUAUCAUGGAUACUUCCUCGGCAGUUCCUCUUUCGCCCUCAUAUACGAUUUAAUGCAUGGCGACAAUCUGGCCUCUACCCAUCUUCCUUGGAUACAUGCUGCUGUACAAGGCCUCUCCGCCAUGCGACACGGUGAACCUAUCUCCAGCUCCAUGGCAGCUAUUCAAACAGUGUUACGAAAGCUGGACCCAUCAUAUGAAUGGUCACCAAAUACGAUUCAAUCCUACAGCCUUGACCAACCCACUAGCGUCACGCGACAGUACCCCAGAAACGUCUCUCAUCCUCCACCGGGCCCCAUCGCUGACCCCGUUCACGGCGGUUUAGUGGGGGGAGGAGGUUUGUCGAUGCUGUCUGAUUUUCAAGGGAAUUCCCUGCAGGACGGUAUACGCAUGCCAAGUGGCAGCGUUGGUAGUGGUGAAGACCUCCUUGACUUCACCCAGUCAGACAUGGGCUGGGACUUUGACUUCUCCACCAUGGACCUCGAGGCUUUCUUUUCCAUCAACCCAACUCUAGACCCGCCGAUGUUUUAGUGUUUUAGUAAUACCUCGAACACCGGCUUACCUAAUAACCCCACCGAUCUGGGAGGGAUCGAGGGAUCACGCGGGAGUCAAAACAUUGAUACGGUUGGAC